AUGCAGUUCUACACGCCAGUGCUUGUUGUGAUCGGUAUUGUUGGGGUAUCUGCAUUAGCAAGUGAUGUACUCCCAGUAAGGACGAUUGAGAACCUUGAAAAGGAUCUACGAUCCUUAGUGGACGAUUCAAACAACCUUGCUACGGAUGGAUAUGAAGUCCACACUGGACAAUUCCCGUACCAUGCUCAGCUGUAUAUUAAAAAUGAUGUAGAAUCUGCUACUACCCUGGCUGCCGGGUCCCUCAUCACACCGAAUUACAUCCUAACGCAUAGAAAUGCAUUGUACAGAAGUAUAAGCAACUACAAUAGCACACAUGGUUAUGCGGUUCUGGGUAUCGGCGAUGGAAGGAGCCCACAAUCGAAGCAGCAAAUCAAUUUCACCCAAGGAGGUGUGCAGCUACAUUCCAUCCACGACAUCGCUACAGUUCGUCUAGAUCAUCCUGUUACCUUCACCAAGUUUGUGCAGCCGAUUCGUUUGCCCCCACUAUCCGACUCCCGCACGUAUGAGAUGAUGGAAGGCACCAACGUCGGAAGCUAUUGGAGCCCGUCGAGAUUUUUACGUAAUCAGAUAAUGUCGAACGAUGGUUGUGAUGCGCAACAUCCUCAUGCGUCCAUUUAUUCGUAUAACAUCUGCACGAAUACAUACGUAGGAGGAGCUUUCUGUACUAGAAUGUACGGUUCUGGGUUGAUCGUUAAGGAUGAGAAUGGGCCAAUACUGGUUGGAGUUACGACUUUGGUUUUUGCGUGCGCUGUGAACUAUCCAAACGUUUAUUUACGCGUUUCGGACUUUCGAGACUGGAUUAGCAUGAACUCGGAUUAUGUGUUUGAUUUUUAA